ACUCUUACCAGACGAGGCGGAGGGGCUCAGUGAGACGUGGGUCACAAACUCAUUCUGAGGGAGUUAAUAGUUAACCCGCAGUGUAAGUCGGCCCACAACAAGGAAGAAAUGAUGCACCUGAGUUUCUACAUCAACACUGCUGCGGCUCACAGGAGCAACUGGAUGGGUCAGUUUUUCUGCAAGACUCGUUAUUCCUCGGGUGUUUUUGAACUCUUACCAGACCUUUUAGUUGCCGUAAAUGAAGCACUGUGAAGUAGUAACAAUCUACUGUAAAUGUGUGCAUAUUAUGAGUGAGAAGUCUCCAAAAGACUCCUAAUAAACAGGUGAUUUUAAAAAAAUUCUGUAUCCAUAAUCUGUCAGAUUAGUUGGGUUUUGUCCAAUAAUCUAGAUGUGUGUGGGGUUUGGUGAACGCAUAUGUCAUUUGACUUGUCUGAAUAAUCAUGACACUGCAUGAUUUACUAUCUUAAUGCGUAAAAUAUUAACCCAUUUUCAGACUUUUUGUUUGCACCAGGAUUGCUGAGAGGAAGUUGGUGGCGAAGUGUAACAGUGGAGGAUCAGACACAUCUAAGCAACAACAGAAAAAACUGCAUACUCCACACACACGGACAGUAAGAAGUUGGCUCCCUUCAGCUGGUCCAACUAGUUGGACGAGACAGAAAAGUGCGGGCGGGAGGCAGCAAGGAGGAGGAGGAAGAGGGUUAAAAGGAGGCAGUGCUGCAUUACAAUCACAAAACUAGAUAUGAAACCAAAAAAAAGGACAGAAUGUAGAGAAAGAUCGGCUCAGUGGAUGAAUCAGGUUUUGUUUGGAAUAAAGUUUGGUAGAGCUCAGACUGAACUGAAAAAACAGCAGGAAUAUUUUCUCACUGAAGCCCUGAUCUGACAACUACCCCAGCAGCCAGGAAAACCUAACGUUCAGAAUCUGAACAGAACCUGCGAUAUCAUUCAGCAAAUAUGAGUGACAAUGGGGAGAGACGCCGGUCUGAUAGAAGUUCAAGCCACGGCCAUGAACCCCAGCUGGCCCCCAAUGUCAAACCCAAACUCAUCCCAGAGGAGAGCAACAAGAAGCGGGAUCAGUGGAAGACGGAGAAGCCGGUAAAAGUGAGGAGAUCUAGGAGUAUAGACUACGAAAGAGACCGAGGGAGGAGGCGAGGGCGAGACAGGCACCACAGGGAUAGUAGACAGCGUGGGAGGAGUGAGGAGGCUCCUAGACAAGACAGGAAAGAUGGAGACACAGAAGGGAGGAAUGUGAGGGUCCCUGAAGAUGAAGUAGAGGACACAGACUGUGCUGUGUGCUUCUGCACCUACGAUAACGUCUUCAAGACUCCCAAGUUGCUUGCAUGUGGACACACCUUCUGUCUGGAGUGCCUGGCACGCAUCAAUGUGACCUCGACAGAGCUGAAGUCGCUCUCCUGCCCUGUGUGCCGUGAAGUGACGGAGCUCCCCCACGGCAAGGACCUGCCCCGACUGGGCAACAACAAGGACAUCAUCAGCAAACUUCCACCCGAGAUGCAGCGCGCUCUGUCCAUCCGCUUCAAGCGCAGCAAAGGUAAACUAGUCCUGAAGAACCCGCCUCCUAGCAGCCCAACCAAACCCAACAGCAGCUCGCUGCCUGUCAAGCCUUCCGACAGCCAUGUGACAAACGGCGACAACCUUGACCUGAGCGCAGUGGAGCAGGGAACCGUCCCAACCACUGUGGUGAAUGUAGGCCGGCCUCCCAGCAGAGUCAGAGGUCGCCUGCGCCGGUUGUUCUGGUCAAACCAGUGCUACUAUGCCGUGGUGGUGUCCAUCAUCACCAUCACCGUGGCACUCAUGCUGGUGGGAAUUCUGGCUUUUGUGAUCAUACCGAAUGUGGUCGUUCACAGACCGCCUGUUCUUGAACCGAGCUCAAAUGGAACAGAUGAAACCCACAGGCCCUGACAGGGUGGGGGCAGAAUGGAAAUGGAGGGAGAGGAUACGAUAUCUUUACUUUCAAUGACUCCUGCAUCCUUUCCCCCUUGACACACUGUAAUAAGAAACUAAUAGUCCUGGAUCACAGUAGAGGUGGUUCAGGCACAGUGAAGAAGUGAAGAAAACCAGGGCAGCAGCAUUUUUAAUGUAACAGAAACAGGCAUGAGGUUGCACACACACAUUUGAAUAUGUUAAAAGAAAUGUCUGAUUACUGAAACAAAACUGUGAGGAGCAAGACUUUUCAUAAUGAUCAACAAGCUGGAAAUAUUAAAAUGCACAAAAAAAAAACUAUGGGUCCUUGGAUUAUAAAUUAAAAGGGCAAAAGUCACAUGGGGAGUCUAAAUCAAAAA